ACAGUCUUCCGGGAAGCCAAGUGAGCAGAAUACCUACGCAGAUAUUGAGGCUGCAUAUAAAUGUCUUGAGGAAAGCUAUGGCGCAAAGCAGGAGAAUAUCAUCCUUUACGGUCAAACUGGAGUUGAUGGCAGCAAUGGUGGUAGUGGCACAGGACCUCCGGGUUUCUUGAUCAUAUUUUAAUGCGUGUUAAUUGCAAAUGAUGUUUGGUGUUGGAAAGAUGUUACAAACAAAAUAUAUAAGCACAUUUUGCAUAAUCAACCAUUUCUUUGUAAGUUUUUUAUUUGAUUCAGGUAACUAUUGUUUCUGUACAUGAUGGUGAAUACCACUGGUAAUAUACAAUUUCAUUCCUUUGACAGGAUACGAUAUUCCCCUGAAAUGAUUGACGGAAAAAGAGUAUGGAAAAUUGAUCGGUUAGCACCCUGACUAGUAUUCUCAGCAUCUUCAUUAUAAAGUUCGUCAUUGGGUAUUUUUCCAUGCUGCCUUUCAUUUAUUUUCUGUAAGUAGAGACACUUGUGCAUUUGCAAUAUCAGUGGGAUGUACCAGUUUAUGUAUUCUUGGUGGUACUCGUGAAAU